CACAUAACAGACACGUGUGUUGCCUACUCUUGAGCACGCAAGUUGGCAUGCUCCUUUGCCUGUUCGUGGAUUUUCUACUUUUUUGACUGAAAUCCCCUGAUUUGACAGCUGACAAUGGGUGGAUUGCAAAAGAAAAAGUACGAGAGUGGGUCGGCCACAAAUUACAUCACCAGAAACAAGGCCCGAAAGAAGCUUCAGCUGAGCCUGGCAGAUUUCAGGCGUCUGUGCAUUUUAAAAGGAAUCUACCCUCAUGAACCAAAACACAAGAAGAAGGUAAACAAGGGAUCCACAGCCCCUAGGACCUUCUACCUUCUGAAAGACAUCCGCUUCCUCCUGCAUGAGCCCAUUGUGGGGAAAUUCAGAGAAUAUAAGGUGUUUGUACGGAAGCUCCGCAAAGCAUACGGAAAAGCAGAGUGGACCGGGGUGCAGAGGUUAAGGGACAACAAGCCAGGCUACAAAUUGGACCACAUUGUGAAGGAGAGGUACCCAACGUUCAUUGAUGCUGUUCGCGAUGUCGACGACGCCCUUGCCAUGUGCUUCCUCUUCUCCACCUUUGCCCGCACGGGCAAAUGCCACGUCCAGACCAUCCAGCUGUGCCGACGCCUGACGGUGGAGUGGAUGAACUACAUCAUCACCUCUCGCGCUCUACGGAAGGUGUUCCUCUCCAUCAAGGGGAUCUACUACCAGGCUGAGGUUCUGGGACAGACGGUGACCUGGCUCGUGCCCUAUCAGUUUGCUCAUGACCAUCCCACCGAUGUGGACUACAGAGUAAUGGCCACCUUCACAGAGCUUUACACAACCAUCAUGGGCUUCGUCAACUACCGUCUGUACCAGACCCUCAACCUUACAUACCCUCCCAAGCUGGACAGUAAAUCUGAAACGGGACUGAAAGCAGAGCACGAGGAAGGCUAUGCCAUGGACUCUGAAAGCUAUAUGGAGAAACUGUCGGCCUUGAGUGCCAGCUUGGCUCGAGUGGUCAGCACGGCAGAGGAGGAAGAAGCUGAGGCUGACCACUUUCCUGCUGAAGGGGAGGACAUGGCUGAUCUGGAGGCUCGUGAGAAGGAGCAGAAGGAGCAGGAUGCCCAGAAGCGUCUCUUCGAGGGGCUGAAGUUCUACCUCAACAGGGAGGUGCCCCGCGAGUCCCUGGCCUUUGUCAUCAGGUGUUUCGGUGGCCAGGUGUCCUGGGACAAGUCUCUGUGUAUCGGCAGCACGUAUGACGUGACGGACGAGACCAUAACACAUCACAUCGUGGACAGGCCGAGCAUAGAUAAGCAGUACAUCAACAGGUACUACAUCCAGCCCCAGUGGGUGUACGACUCCAUCAACGGCAAGGUGAAGCUCCCGGUGGAGGACUACUUCCUGGGAGUCAGCCUACCCCCUCACCUCUCGCCCUUCGUGGAGGAGAAGGAGGGCGACUACGUCCCUCCAGAGAAGCUGAAGCUUAUGGCUCUUCAGCGCGGGGAGCAGCCAGAAGGGGAGGAAGAAGAGGAUGAGGAAGAUGAAGAUGACGAGGAAGACGAGGACGAAGAAGAAGAAGAAGAAGAAAUGGAUGACGACGAGGCUGAAGAGGAGAGCAACCUGAAGAAGAUCGAACAUCAGCGUGGCCAGGGCAAGAUGCCCUCGGUGAAGGUGACCCCUGGCAAGGCCAGGCCCGAGGACCGGAAGCGCACGGAGCAGGAGGAGCAGGCCGAGGAGAAGCGGCUGGCCAUCAUGAUGAUGAAGAAGAAGGAGAAGUACCUCUACGACAAGAUCAUGUUCGGCAAGAAGAGGAAAGUCAGAGAGGCAAACAAACUGACGGCGAAGAGGAAGGCCCACGAUGAUGCCACCAAAGCAGACAAGAAGCAGAAGAAGGCAAAAAAGACGCAGUGAGCAGUGAGCACAUGCUGACACCAUCAAUGAGGACUGCUUGUGUUUGUAUUAAACAUACGUCGCCAGAGGCAAGGUUACAAUUGUUUGAGCUGUCAUUGUAUGACUGAUUCAUUGGAGGAAUCGGUGAGGAAGUGAUUCACUUCAUUCAAAUCCCUAUCAUCAUGUCAGUCUGACCGCGUGUUUGACCAGCAGUAAAAGACAUGCCUUUGGUCUCAGUGCCAUUAUGUUAUGACAUCUAAUCCAAUGUUGUAGAUUGUGAUCUAUAUGUGAAGUAAAGGUUUUUUUUGUCAA